AAUAAAAGCGCGCUGCUGCACUCGUUCUGCACAACACGAGCGCCGGGCGGUGGCGAAUCGCAUCUCUGCAUGUCUGGCAGACAUAUCAGUGUGGAUGACGGAUCACCACCUCAAGCUGAACCUCGGCAAGACGGAGCUGCUCUUCCUCCCGGGGAAGGACUGCCCGUUCCAUGAUCUCGCCAUCACGGUUGACAACUCCAUUGUGUCCUCCUCCCAGAGCGCUAAGAACCUUGGCGUGAUCCUGGACAACACCCUGUCGUUCUCAACUAACAUCAAGGCGGUGGCCCGUUCCUGUAGGUUCAUGCUCUACAACAUCCGCAGAGUACGACCCUGCCUCACACAGGAAGCGGCGCAGGUCCUAAUCCAGGCACUUGUCAUCUCCCGUCUGGAUUACUGCAACUCGCUGUUGGCUGGGCUCCCUGCCUGUGCCAUUAAACCCCUACAACUCAUCCAGAACGCCGCAGCCCGUCUGGUGUUCAACCUUCUCAAGUUCUCUCAGGUCACCCCGCUCCUCCGCUCUCUCCACUGGCUUCCAGUUGAAGCUCGCAUCCGCUACAAGACCAUGGUGCUUGCCUACGGAGCUAUGAGGGGAACGGCACCGCAGUACCUCCAGGCUCUGAUCAGGCCCUACACCCAAACAAGGGCACUGCGUUCAUCCACCUCUGGCCUGCUCGCCUCCCUACCACUGAGGAAGUACAGUUCCCGCUCAGCCCAGUCAAAACUGUUCGCUGCUCUGGCCCCCCAAUGGUGGAACAAACUCCCUCACGACGCCAGGACAGCGGAGUCAAUCACCACCUUCCGGAGACACCUGAAACCCCACCUCUUUAAGGAAUACCUAGGAUAGGAUAAAGUAAUCCUUCUCACCCCCCCUUAAAUGAUUUAGAUGCACUAUUGUAAAGUGGCUGUUCCACUGGAUGUCAUAAGGUGAAUUCACCAAUUUGUAAGUCGCUCUGGAUAAGAGCGUCUGCCAAAUGACUUAAAUGUCUCAGGUUUUGAGGGAGCGUGCAAUUGGCAUGCUGACUGCCAGAAUGUCCACUAGAGCUGUUGCCAGAGAAUUGAAUGCUCAUUUCUCUACCAUUUAUUUUACCUUUAUUUAACCAGGCAAAGUCAGUUAAGAACAAAUUCUUAUUUUCAAUGACGCCCUUGGAACAUUGGGUUAACUGCCUGUUCAGGGGCAGAACGACAGAUUUGUACCUUGUCAGCUCUGGGACUUGAACUUGAAACCUUCAGGUUACUAGCCCAACGCCGGUUACGGCACUCUAACCACUAGGCCUCCAACAAGCCUCCUACAAUGUUGUUUUAGAGAAUUUGGCAGUACGUACAACCGGUCUCACAACUGCAGACCAUGUGUAACCAUGCCAGCCCAGGACCUCCACAUCCAGCUUCAUCACCUGCGGGAUAGUCUGAGACCAGCCACCAGGACAGCUGAUGAAACUGAGGAGCAUUUCUGUCUGUAAUAAAGCCCUUUUGUGGGGAAAAGCUUAUUCUGAUUGGCUGGGCCUGGCUCCCUAGUGUGUGGGACUAUGCCCAAAUAUGUGAAAUCCAUAGAUUAGGGUCUAAUUCAUUAAUUUACAAGUAACUGAUUACCUUAUAUGAACUGUAGUUAUGUAAAAUCGUUGAAAUUCAUGCAUGUUGCAUUUAUGUUUUUGUUCAGUCAAUAUUGUAGCCUCCAAAAUUCCAAAAGUAUUCCAUUUAAGAAUGAUGGAGGCCACUGUGUUCUAGGGGACCUUCAAUGCUGCAGAAAUGUUUCUGUACCCUUCCCCAGAUCUGUGUCUCGACACAAUCCUGUCUCGGAGCUCUAUGGCCAAUUCCUUCGACCUCAUGUCUUGGUUUUUGAUCAGACAUACAAUGUCAACUGUGGGACCUUAUAUAGACAGGUGUCUGCCUUUCCAAAUCAUUUCCAAUCAAUUGAAUUGACCACAGAUGGACUCCAAUCAAGUUGUAGAAACAUCUCAAGAAUGAUCAAUGGAAACAGGAUGUAUCUGAGCACAAUUUUACAUCUCAAAGCAAAGGGUCUGAAAGGUAUUUCUGCUAGAAUUUUUUUUAUACAUUUACAAACAUUUCUUAAAACCUGUUUUCACAUUGUCAUUAUGGGUAUUGUAUAGGGAAAAUGUGUAUUUAAUUUAAAAAAAAAUAAGGUCUGUAACGUAACAAAAUGUGGAAAAAUAACAUUUUCCGAAUGCACUGUAAAUUUGGUAUCUGCAUUUGAUGUAAAUCUGAUUUCCAGGUCUCACUCAGCAAUUAGCCUAGUGGUUAGAGUAUUGGACUAGUAACCGAAAGGUUGCAAGUUCAAAUCCCCGAGCUGACAAGAUACAAAAUCUGUCAUUCUGCCCCUGAAAAGGCAUUUAACCCACUGUUCCUAGGCUCUCAUUGAAAAUAAGAAUUUGUUCUUAACUGACUUGCCUAGUAAAAUAAAGGUAAACAUCCCUCAAUUUAGAACAAACAAGGUUGACUUGACUAUAAUUCCACGGUGACACUGAGACUAUUUAAAGUGUAUUUCAAUCAAAAACAAUGAUUGAAAAGUUCAAUAAAAUCCUACAACUUUUUUAUUUCAACUUUAUUUAACCAGGUAGGCUAGUUGAGAUAGUUCUCAUUUACAACUGCGACUUGGCAAAGAUAAAGCAUAGCAGUGUAAACAGACAACAACAGACAACAGCACAGAGUUACACAUGGAGUAAACAAUAAACAAGUCAGUGACACAGUAGAAAAAAUAAAAAAAGAGUAUAUUCAUUGUGUGCAAAAGACAUGAGGAGGUAGGUGAAUAAUUGCAAUUUUGCAGAUUAACACUGGAGUGAUAAAUGAUCAGAUGGUCAUGUGCAGGUAGAGAUACUGGUGCGCAAAAGAGCAGAAAAGUAAAUAAAUAAAAACAGUAUGGGGAUGAGGUAGGUAAAUUGGGUGGGCUAUUUACCAAUGGACUAUGUACAGCUACAGCGAUCAGUUAGCUGCUCAGAUAGCAGAUGUUUAAAGUUGGUGAGGGAGAUAAAAGUCUCCAACUUCAGGGAUUUUUGCAAUUCGUUCCAGUCACAGGCAGCAGAGAACUGGAAGGAAAGGCGGCCAAUUGAGGUGUCGGCUUUAGGGAUGAUCAUUGAGAUACACCUGCUGGAGCGCGUGCUACGGGUGGGUGUUGCCAUCGUGACCAGUGAACUGAGAUAAGCAUGGACUUGUAGAUGACCUGGAGCCAGUGGGUCUGGCGACUAAUAUGUAGCGAGGGCCAGCCGACUAGAGCAUACAGGUCGCAGUGGUGGGUGGUAUAAGGUGCUUUAGUAACAAAUGGAUGGCACUGUGAUAAACUGCAUCCAGUUUGCUGAGUAGAGUAUUGGAAGCUAUUUUGUAGAUGACAUCGCCGAAGUCGAGUAUCGGUAGGAUAGUCAGUUUUACUAGGGUAAGUUUGGCGGCGUGAGUGAACGAGGCUUUGUUUGCGCAAGGACUUCUAACAAUGUCCACUAAAAUGAGUCCUAUAUCGACAUAACCUGAAAGGCCGCUCAGCAAGGAAGAAGCCACUGCUCCAGAACCACCAUAAAAAAGCCAGACUACGGUUUGCAACUGCACAUGGGGACAAAGAUUGUACUUUUUGGAGAAAUGUCCUCUGGUCUGAUGAAACAAAAAUAGAACUGUUUGGCCAUAAUGACCAUUGUUAUGUUUGGAGGAAAAAGGGGGAGGCUUGCACGCCGAAGAACACCAUCCCAACCGUGAUGCACAGGGGUGGCAGUAUCGUGUUGUGCGGGUGCUUUGCUGCAAGAGGGUCAGGUGCACAUCACAAAAUAGAUGGCAUCAUGACGUAGGAAAUUAUGUGGAUAUAUUGAAGCAACAUUUCAAGACAUCAGUCAGGAAUUUGAAGCUUGGUCGCAAAGGGGUCUUCCAAAUGGACAAUGAUCCCAAGCAUACUUCCAAAGUUGUGGCAAAAUGGCUUAAUGACAACAAAGUUAACAUAUUGGAGGGGCCAUCACAAAGCCCUGACCUCAAUCCUAUGGAAAAUAUGUGGGCAGAACUGAAAAAGCUUGUGCGAGCAAGGAAGCCUACAAACCUGACUCAGUUUCACGAGCUCUGUCAGGAGGAAUGGGUCAAAAUUCACCCAACUUAUUGUGGGAAGCUUGUGGAAGGCUCCCCAAAACGUUUGACCCAAGUUAUACAAUUUAAAGGCAAUGCUACCAAAUACUAAUUGAGUGUAUGUAAACUUCUGACCCAUUGGGAAUGUGAUGAAAGAAAUAAAAGCUGAAAUAAAUCAUUCUCUCUACUAUUAUUCUGACAUUUCACAUUCUUACAAUAAAG